ACACACAAAUUAGCUCUGUAGUAUUACACCGUAGCCGUUCCCUUAUUUCAUCGCUGCAAACAGUGGACGGAGGAUCAUAUUCGCUCUGGCUGACGAAUUUGGUCAGCCAAAAACAAAAAAGAGCUCAUGAUUGGCUGAUUUCAAUGAAAAGAAGAAGGAAAAGUAAGAAAAUCCAACACAAAUAGAAGAGAGAUAUUCAAUAUGGGUUUCUCUGAAGACAAUCUUAAAGGGUUUAUUUUGGCUUUGUCAUCAAGUGCCUUUAUAGGGGCAAGCUUCAUUAUCAAGAAGAAAGGCCUUAGAAGAGCUGCUGCAGUUUCUGGUGUUAGAGCUGGUGUUGGUGGAUUUUCUUAUCUCUUGGAACCUUUAUGGUGGUUGGGCAUGUUCACAAUGAUUGUAGGAGAGGUUGCAAACUUUAUUGCAUAUGCAUUUGCUCCAGCAGUUCUUGUAACUCCGCUUGGUGCAUUAAGUAUUAUUGUCAGUGCUGUUUUGGCACAAUUUAUCUUGAAUGAGAAGUUACACAAGCUAGGGAUCUUGGGUUGUAUAAUGUGCAUUGCUGGUUCUAUCAUUAUUGUGAUUCAUGCACCACAGGAGCACCCUAUCACAUCUGUUCAGGAAAUAUGGAAUAUGGCAACUCAACCAGCUUUUUUGCUCUAUGUGGCCUCAGUGAUUGUGCUUGUUUUUAUUCUGGUUUUCCAUUUUUCACCACAAUGUGGGCACUCUAAUGUCUUAGUUUUCACUGGCAUAUGCUCAUUGAUGGGUUCACUUUCAGUGAUGAGUGUUAAAGCUGUUGGAAUGGCACUGAAAUUAACUUUUGAAGGAAACAACCAAUUAAUCUAUCCGGAGACGUGGCUGUUCAUGUUUGUUGUUGCUACAUGUGUCAUCACUCAAAUGAAUUAUCUCAACAAGGCGCUUGAUACAUUCAACACCGCUGUGGUUUCCCCCAUUUAUUAUGUCAUGUUUACAUCACUUACAAUUCUGGCCAGUGUAAUCAUGUUCAAGGAUUGGGAUGACCAAAGCAUGGGAAACAUUGUUUCUGAAAUAUGCGGCUUUGUCGUUGUGCUUUCUGGUACUGUCCUAUUACAAACAACCAGAGAAUUUGAAAGAAGUCCAUCAUUUAGAGGUGGCUAUGCACCUUUAUCCCCAACUUUAUCUACUGGACUCUGCAGCGGGAAUGUAGAUUUUCUGAAGCAUGAAGAGGAAGAUGUGCCAUCCAGUGAUGAGUUCUGUUUACAAAGACAAUAGUUGACUACCUUACGAGGACCCUCCUGCUUCCUGUUGUUAUGCACUGCAAAAUCCGAGUUCUAAGCUUUUCUGUUGACAUGAUGACAUCCCAUCCAGCAUUAUCUGAUAUUUUUGAAGCACCGUUUCUGGUUCCAUAUAGAAAUACCAUAAAUAUAAAUUUUUUCAUUUGGGAGAGUUAAUGCUCUCACUCUCAGGCAACAUUGGGAAAUUGUUUUAAAGAUCUUUUAUGCAGAGGUGCGGGAUGGUCAUUGGUUCUUACUUUCUCGGGUUUCUAAUUUUCUGGUUUUCUCAAGAUCAUUGGUACGAGGAAUAGUUUAUUCAACUUGCUGAAAUGUGAUGGCAGCUCUAAAGGAGGUGCGUGCUUCCAGCAGAUCCAGAUCUGGAAAUCUGAAGCUUAGUGAAGAAUGCUGGUUUUAGCAAGCUUGAUUGUGUUUACAGUGAAAUAGAUAGCAUUUUGUGUAGUAUUUGUUGUCAAUUAUUCUUGUAGAUUGUUCAUAAGCUGAAGGUAGGGAGAGUGGAAUUAUGUAAUUCUUUGAUUAGUUUCUAGCAAGAACAUAUAUAUUUCCGAAAAUGAAAGCUUCUUUCCAAAUCAUUUAUUGUUGAGUUUUUUCAUCC